GCUCCCUGAAGGUGACUGACGGUUAUGGCGGCCGCCGCCGGGACUCUGCGCCUCUCGCUCCGGAGUAAGAUCGUGCCCGGCCUGCCCGGCCUGCUCAGCCGCCUCAGGCCUCUCCCAGGAACUGCCGCGGUGGGCACGGCCGGCAGGCGGGCUGCGGAGAAAAUAACACACACAGGACAGGUUUACGAAGAGGGUGAUUACAGAAAAGUCAGAUUUGUCGGUCGACAGAAAGAAGUAAAUGAAAACUUUGCCAUUGAUUUAGUAGCUGAGGAGCCUGUAACUGAGGUAUCAGACAGAGUGGUUUCAUGUGAUGGUGGUGGUGGAGCUCUUGGGCAUCCUAAGGUGUAUAUAAAUUUGGACAAAGAGACAAAAGUUGGAACAUGUGGUUAUUGUGGACUUCGGUUUAAGCAGAUACAUCACUGAAAGGAACCAUUUGGAAUUUACUCACAUUGUUUCUCUUUAUGACAGUGUUGUACAGGCUUCAGCUAUGAAAGUUGCAAACAAUAAAUUAAUUGAGCUCUG